AUGACGAAAGUUACAGAACCAUUCUUCCUGGACCUCGACUACCGAGGUCACAUCGAGGGACUCACAAUAAAAGACAAAUCAACCGGCGAGCCUCUCUGUCACUAUUUUGGCGGUAUACCAUACGCCUUACCACCCCUGGGUCCUUUCAGAUGGCGGAAGCCAAGAUCAUUGCCACCCUGCUACAGAUACGGCACAAGAGCUAGCCCUGGGAUAUAUACCACUGCAGCGGGGUUAUGCCCUCAGCCAGGGUUUGGGAAGAAACUGAAUACCAAGGCCUGGGAUGAGGACUGUUUGCAGUGUAAUGUUUGGCUGCCGGCAGGCAAGGCGUCCGAGAAAGGCUGGCCGGUGUUCUUCUACAUCCAUGGCGGCUUCCUCCAGUUCGGCUCACCCAACGGCAUGGACCCCUCCGCUCUCCUCAGUGAGACAGAUUGCAAAUGCAUAAUCGUCAUGCCAGCCUACCGUCUGAACGUCUUCGGAUUCCUGGCAUCACGUGAGCUGCAGCAGGAGGCCGGCCACGAGGCUUACGCCGGCAACCUGGGCUUCUGGGACCAGCGGCUUGCGCUGGAGUGGACGUACAAGAACAUCAGUUAUUUUGGCGGAGAUGCAUCGAACAUCACCGUUGGAGGCUACUCUGCUGGAGCACACUCAGCCUUCCACCAACUAGCCCACGAGCUCUACUACCCCUCUCAGCCCCCUAUAAUCCGCCACGUAAUAAUGUGGUCGAACGGCCCUGGACUGCAACCCAAAUCUCUUCAAGAGGUCCAGAACCAAUUUGACGAGCUCCUCCAGCACCUGCACAUCCCCCUCACCCUCCCUUCCUCCGAGAAGCUCUCCCGUCUCCGCACCUUACCUGCAAAAUCUCUCAUCGCCGCCACCCUCAAAAUGACACACCACCAAUUCCGCGCUGUGACAGACAAUUCCUUUGUCCGUGCCUCCCUCUUCACCGACAUCGAUAGCGGCGCCUUCGCAGCCCGGAUGCGCGACCGCGGCAUCAAGCUCAUGCUCGGCGAGUGCGCAGACGAGCACUUCGUCUACGGCGCAUGGCGUCCCCCUGUCCAGAACACCCUCGCGGGCCUGCACACCCGCCUACUGGCCGACUACCCCCACGCCGCCGUCGACGCGCUGCUAAAGCAUUACUUCCCGACCGGCACGCUGCCGCCGGGCUGGAAGGAUUGGAGGGAUGCGUUCGGGCGUGUGUACGCGGACACGCAGAUCCACACGCUGCAGCGCGGGUUCGUGGCCGCGUUGGCGCGGGGAGGGGUGGGGGAGUUGGUGUAUAGGUAUCGGAUUGAGUGGAGGGCGGGGUGUGUGGAUGGCAUGGCACCGAGGGAGUGGGGCGUUACGCAUGGCACCGAUUUGGCGGGGUGGUUCUGGGGGAAUGGGAUUGGUGGGGGACUGAUGAAGGAGGAGAAGAGGGUGGUUGAGGUGGCGUUUGUAGGGCCGUUAGGGCAGUUCGCGAGGGGUGAGGAGAUGGAAUGGGGGACGAAGAGUAUUAGAGACGUGAGGCGGUUGAGGAGUGAUGGGGUGGUGGAUGUGUGGGUGGAUGAGCGGUGGGAUGAGGGCAUUCAGGUGUGGGAGGAUCUGAAAGCUGUCGGCUCGACGGCUGCGAGUCCUGCCGCAAAGCUUUGA